AUGGCGAACCUGCAGCCGACCGGCCGUCCCUGGUUGCUCCGACUGGCCUCGCAGGCCAGAAUGGACCCACCGCCGCCCCAGCCCCAGCCGGCGCAGCCUCUUCGACCGCCGACUGUUGGUAGGUUACCUUCGAUAACUACGCGAGUCCCGGUCCUGCCUGCACCAGCGCCCCAAACCCAACCAACACCACCCCCGCCAACUCAGCCUGCUGCACCACCUGCAGCCACCGAUGGUGCUGGCCUUCCCCAGAAGGCUUCAACCAAUGGUGACGCUGACGCUGGUGCAGAGGUCCCGAAAUCGCAGCGUCCGGAAUCCCCGAAGCCUGAGGCAAGGACACCUUCAACGCCGCCAGCCCCGCCGUCCCCGAGGUCUGAAACUCUGACUACGGCGCCGCAACCCCCGCCGUCUUCGAGGCCAGCGGCAACCACCCCAAUGCUGCAGCGUUCGCCAUCGCCGAGGCCUGAGACCACGACUCCGACGCCGCCAGUCCAGCCAUCCCCGCCAUCCCCGCCAUCCCCGAGGUCUGAAACUAUAGCUGCGGCGCCGCAAACCCCGCCGUCUUCGAGGCCAGCGGCAACCACCACCCCAACGCUGCAGCGCUCGCCAUCGCCGAGGCCUGAGACCACGACUCCGAUGCCACCAGCCCCGCCGUCCCCGAGGUCUGAAACUAUGGCUACGGCGCCGCAACCCCCGCCGUCUUCGAGGCCAGAGGCAACCACCCCAACGCUGCAGCGCUCGCCAUCGCCGAGGCCUGAGACCACGACUACGACGCCGCAAGCUCCGCCGUCGCCGAGACCUGUGGCAACGCCCCUGCUGCAGCGCGCGAUAUCGCCGCGGCCCGUGACUACGACUCCGACGCCGGAACCUCCGCCGUCGUCGAGACCUGUGGCGGCAACCCCAUCGCUGCAGCGCUCGCCAACACCGACGCUCGAAACUACGUCUCCAACACCGACUCCGACGCUGCCACCCCUGCCGUCCCCGAGCCCUGUAGCGGCGGCGACCCUCUCCCCGGCUCCUCCUCAAUCUCCCAAGGACAUUAAGACCUCCUCCCCAACACCACCCCACUCCCCCAGGACCAACUCGAAGCCGGCUAGUUCCGCCACCCUGAUGCCACAUCCUGAGCCCGAAUCCAAGCCACUGGCUGAAACCCUGCCAAAGCGCACGGUCGAGCAAGACAAUGGCGACAAGAAGGGCGCCAAGAAUUCCAGAAAUGGCGUCGGGGAGCCACGCGAGAAGAACCACAACAGCAAGCACAAUGCAUCGCCCAUCGACACGAAGAUCCCCUCGCUCUCCCCCAAGGCGGAAGGAAACCAUUCUGGGUCAGGGAAUAACAGAGCAUCAACGGCGGCCGCAAAGAAGGACGAGAACGAGAUGGUGGCCAUCACCAUUGCAGGACACAACCUCGGAGCGGUCAUGGACGCCGGCUCUUCCUACUCCCGUCGCACCAAAAAGCAUCUGUUCCAUGACACGAAGGACGACAAGUCUCAGGAAGAGCACGCCACGGUCGACGCCGAGGGCUAUUCGUCCGAGGACAAGCCCAUGAUCACACUGGUGAACAGCAACGUUCAGAGCGUGAACAACGCAUUGCUCUUCAAUUCCUCCUGCACGGUGGGCAGCCCCGGGGUGCACAUCAGCCUCACCAGCCGCCGCCGCCAGCCCAAGAAGAAAAGCCAUUAA